GAGGGCUCGGCCGCCAGCAACCGAGCGGGGCCCGGCCCGAGCGGGGCCUGGGGGUGCGACGCCGAGGGCGGGGGAGCGCGCGCCGCUGCACCCGGACCGGGCCGCGCGCGCCGCCUCAGGAACGUCACCCUCACUGGAGGCACCUGACAAAUCCUAGCCAAUUUGUUGAGCACCUCCACCCGGGAACCUCACCAUCCAGAAGUGUGGUUCCCGCACAGCUGCAGCCAUGGGGUCUGAGGACCAUGGCGCCCAGAACCCCAGCUGCAAAAUCAUGACGUUUCGCCCAACCAUGGAAGAAUUUAAGGACUUCAACAAAUACGUGGCCUACAUAGAAUCGCAGGGGGCCCACCGGGCGGGCCUGGCCAAGAUCAUCCCCCCAAAGGAGUGGAAGCCGCGGCAGACGUACGACGACAUUGACGACGUGGUGAUCCCGGCCCCCAUCCAGCAGGUGGUGACGGGCCAGUCGGGCCUCUUCACGCAGUACAACAUCCAGAAGAAGGCCAUGACGGUGGGGGAGUACCGCCGCCUGGCCAACAGCGAGAAGUACUGUACCCCGCGACACCAGGACUUUGACGACCUCGAACGCAAAUACUGGAAGAACCUCACCUUCGUCUCCCCGAUCUACGGGGCCGACAUCAGCGGCUCUUUAUACGAUGACGAUGUGGCGCAGUGGAACAUCGGCAGCCUCCGCACCAUCCUGGACAUGGUGGAGCGCGAGUGCGGCACCAUCAUCGAGGGCGUCAACACGCCCUACUUGUACUUCGGUAUGUGGAAGACCACCUUUGCCUGGCACACCGAGGACAUGGACCUGUACAGCAUCAACUACCUGCACUUCGGGGAGCCCAAGUCCUGGUACGCCAUCCCGCCAGAGCACGGCAAGCGCCUGGAGCGGCUGGCCAUUGGAUUCUUCCCCGGGAGCUCUCAGGGCUGCGACGCCUUUCUGCGGCACAAGAUGACCCUCAUCUCGCCCAUCAUCCUGAAGAAGUACGGGAUCCCCUUCAGCCGGAUCACGCAGGAGGCCGGGGAAUUCAUGAUCACAUUUCCCUACGGCUAUCACGCCGGCUUCAAUCACGGGUUCAACUGUGCAGAAUCUACCAACUUUGCCACCCUUCGGUGGAUUGAUUACGGCAAAGUGGCCACUCAGUGCACGUGCCGGAAGGACAUGGUGAAGAUCUCCAUGGACGUGUUCGUGCGCAUCCUCCAGCCUGAGCGCUACGAGCUGUGGAAGCAGGGCAAGGACCUCACGGUGCUGGACCACACGCGGCCCACCGCGCUCACCAGCCCCGAACUGAGCUCCUGGAGUGCGUCCCGGGCCUCGCUCAAGGCCAAGCUCCUCCGCAGACAAAUUAGUCUGAAAGAAAGCAGACACUGGAGAAAGACUGAGGAGGAGAGGAAACCAAGUCUAGAAAGGAAGAAAGAGACCAAAAGGCCGGGGCUGUCGUCUCACCGGAAACGGAGCCAGCCCAAGAAGCCCAAGCCCGAAGACCCCAAGUCCCCAGGGGAGGGUGCGGCUGGGGUGCUCCUGGAGGAGGCCGGGGGCGGCGUGAAGGAGGAGGCCGGGCCAGAGGCCGACCCCGAGGAGGAGGAGGAGGAGCCGCAGUCACUGCCACACGGCCGGGAGGCCGAGGGCACAGAAGAGGAUGGGAGGGGCAAGCUUCGGCCAACCAAGGCCAAGAGCGAGCGGAAGAAGAAGAGCUUCGGCCCACUGCCCCCACAGCUGCCGCCGCCCACCCACUUCCCCUCGGAGGAGGCACUGUGGCUGCCGUCCCCGCUGGAGCCGCCGGUGCUGGGCCUGGGCCCCGCGGCCAUGGAGGAGAGUCCCCUGCCAGCGCCCCUCAACGUCGUGCACCCCGAGGUGCCCAGUGAGGAGCUAGAGGCCAAGCCUCGGCCCAUCAUCCCUAUGCUGUAUGUGGUGCCUCGGGCCGGCAAGGCGGCCUUCAACCAGGAGCACGUGUCCUGCCAGCAGGCCUUCGAGCACUUUGCCCAGAAGGGCCCGAACUGGAAGGAGCCGGCCUCCCCCAUGGAGCUGACAGGGCCCGAGGACGGUGGAGCCAGCAGUGGGGCCAGCCGCGCAGAGAGCAAGGCUCGGGCCGGAGAGGGGCAGGCACCAUCCACAUUUUCCAAACUGAAGAUGGAGAUCAAGAAGAGCCGGCGCCAUCCCUUGGGCCGGCCGCCCACCCGGUCCCCGCUGUCGGUGGUCAAGCAGGAGGCCUCAAGUGACGAGGAGGCAUCCCCUUUCUCCGGGGAGGAGGACAUGAGUGACCCCGAGGCUUUGAGGCCCCUGCUGUCCCUGCAGUGGAAGAACAGGGCAGCCAGCUUCCAGGCCGAGAGGAAGUUCAACGCAGCGGCUGCGCGCACGGAGCCCUACUGCGCCAUCUGCAUGCUCUUCUACCCCUACUGCCAGGCCCUACAGACUGAGAAAGAGGUGCCCCCAGCCUCCCUCGGAGAGGGCUCCUCAGCCACACCUCCCUCCAGAAGUGGCCAGAAGACGAGGCCACUGAUCCCCGAAAUGUGCUUCACCUCUGGCGGCGAGAACACAGAGCCGCUGCCGGCCAACUCCUACAUCGGCGACGAUGGGACCAGCCCCCUCAUCGCCUGCGCCAAGUGCUGCCUGCAGGUUCACGCUAGUUGCUAUGGCAUCCGUCCCGAGCUGGUCAACGAAGGCUGGACGUGUUCCCGGUGCGCAGCCCAUGCCUGGACUGCGGAGUGCUGCCUGUGCAACCUGCGAGGAGGCGCGCUGCAGAUGACCACUGACAGGAGGUGGAUCCACGUGAUCUGCGCCAUCGCCGUCCCCGAGGCGCGCUUCCUGAACGUGAUCGAGCGUCACCCGGUGGACAUCAGCGCCAUCCCCGAGCAGCGGUGGAAGCUGAAAUGCGUGUACUGCCGGAAGCGGAUGAAGAAGGUGUCGGGCGCCUGCAUCCAGUGCUCCUACGAGCACUGCUCCACGUCCUUCCACGUGACGUGCGCCCACGCCGCCGGGGUGCUCAUGGAGCCGGACGACUGGCCCUACGUGGUCUCCAUCACCUGCCUCAAGCACAAGUCGGGGGGCCACGCGGUGAGUGCCUGCCCGCCUCCUCACCCCCGGCUCCCCGCCCCCGCUGGUGCCUGUGCUGACCGUCCCCCUACCCCCACACCCUCUGCACCCUCCCAGGUCCAGUUCUUGAGGGCCGUGUCCCUAGGCCAGGUGGUCAUCACCAAGAACCGUAACGGGCUGUACUACCGCUGCCGCGUCAUCGGGGCCGCCUCGCAGACCUGCUACGAAGUGAACUUCGAAGAUGGCUCCUACAGUGACAACCUGUACCCCGAGAGCAUCACUAGUAGGGACUGUGCCCGGCUGGGACCCCCUUCCGAGGGGGAGCUGGUGGAGCUCCGGUGGACCGAUGGCAACCUCUACAAGGCCAAGUUCAUUUCCUCCGUCACCAGCCACAUCUACCAGGUGGAGUUUGAGGACGGGUCCCAGCUGACGGUGAAGCGAGGAGACAUCUUCACCCUGGAGGAGGAGCUGCCCAAGAGGGUCCGCUCUCGGCUGUCACUGAGCACGGGGGCGCCGCAGGAGCCUGCCUUCUUGGGGGAGGAGGCCAAGGCCGCCAAGCGCCCGCGCGUGGGCACCCCACUCGCCACGGAGGACUCGGGGCGGAGCCAGGACUACGUGGCCUUCGUGGAAAGCCUCCUGCAGGCGCAGGGCCGGCCCGGAGCCCCCUUCUAGGACAGCUGGCCGCUCAGGCGACCCUCAGCCCGGUGGGGCAGGCCAUGGCACGCCCUGGGCGUUCGCUUGCUGUGAAUUCCUGUCCUCGUGUCCCUGGCCCCCAAGAGGCCACCUCCAAGCCGCGGGUGCCCCCUAGGGCGACAGGAGCCAGCGGGACGCCGCACGCGGCCCCAGACUCAGGGAGCAGGGCCAGGCGGGCUCGGGGGCCAGCCGGGGUUGCACCCCACUCAACUACUCAGAAUUUUAAACCAUGGAAGCUCUCUUCUUCUCGAAAAGGUGCUACUGCAAUGCCCUACUGAGCAACCUUUGAGACGGUCACUUCUGUACAUAAACCACCUUUGUGAGGCUCUUUCUAUAAAUACAUAUUGUUUAAAAAAAAAAAGCAGGAGAAAAAGGAAAACAAAGGAAAAUAUCCCCAAAGCUGUUUUCUAGAUUUGUGGCUUUAAGAAAAACAAAAAACAAAAACACGUCGUUUUUCUCAGAACCCGGAUUCGCUGCGAGACUGAAGCGGCUUGCUGUGUUUUUGUUUGCUGUUGUUUUAAAAUACCACGAUGUGGCUGCAGAGCAGGCAGGGAAGAGGCCGGGGACUGCCGGGUCAGCCCGGCGGGGGGCAGGGCGCCCCGGUUUCAGCCGCCCGUCACUCACUCACCGUCUGGCCUCACCUCCCCCGGCUCCUGGACUCCGAUAGUCCGGGCAGCGCCCGUACCCCUCUGCGCCUGCUGGGAGGAGGCCCGGCCUCUGUGCUGGCCCCACUGUGUGCCAGGGGAAGCCCGGGGUCUGAGAGUGAACUCUCUCCCGGGGUUCGUCUUUGUUUCUCUCCCCCAAGAGAAUCACAGGUGUUCCAGAGGCUUCCUUGCAGACCAAGCCUCCCGCCCCUCCCUCGCCUCAGGGUGAGGAGGUCCCAGGCCCUUCUGGUCAAUAUGAGUGUGGGCAGCUUCCCAGCUAUUGAGGUGUGACCCUGAGUGGGUCAGGGGACACAGGGCCAAGACAGGCCUUUGGGGGUCCCAUUUACCCGCUUCUGAGCAGGGACAAGGCCAGGUAUCCUCGGUCUGCCCAUCCACGCUGCUGUCACCUGAGGGGAAUCUGCCUCUUAGGAGUGGGUUCAGCUGAUGGAGAAGACAUGGCCUUCAGCCCAGGCUAGGAAGCGCCUCCUCCGGGUGCCUCUCCCUCGCCAGCGGCGCUUUCUCCCGCCAGAGGGAGGGGUGGAGGGGUCAUUUGUUUGUAUGAGAAAGACAAAACGGCGGAGGCAGGAGUUUGGGACCUGCCUGGGCUAUGUAGUGAGACCCCAUCACUACAAAUGUUUUACACACUAGCUUGGUGUGGUGCGCGCUUGUGGUCCCGGUCAUGUGGGAGGCUGAGGGGGGAGGAUCUCUUGAACCCAGGAGGUUGAGGCUGCAGUGAGCUAUGAUUGCGCCACUGCAUUCCAGCCUGGGGGACAGAGUGAGAGCCUGUCUCAAAAAAUUAAAUACAUAGAUAAAUAAAGCAAUGUUUAUAUUAUAAGAGGGUGUCCGCACGGGCCCCGGGCUGGAGAGAACUAAGGGAAAGGGGGAGAGCGUGGCGCAGGAGCAAGCCCUUCAUUUUCUUGGUGGGGGAGGGGGGCGGUGACCCUGGAGAGGGCCGGGGUUGGGUAGUGGGGGGGUGUCAGCCAGAACGUGGGGGUGUCCCUCUGCACGAAGCAGCCUCACCCAGCGUGGCACUGACACUGUAUUCUUAUGUUGUUUGAAAAUGCUAUUUAUGUUGUAAAGAAGCGGGCGGAUGCCCUUGCAGCCGUGGUCCCUAGGGGGCUGCACCCAUCCCGUGGACGGGCCACGGAAGGGCAGGCCGGAGCUGCACACUCUCCCCACGAAGGUAUCUCUGUGUCUUACUCUGUGCAAAGACAAGACAAAACCCAGCACCCUGGUUUUUUCCCCACCCGAGAUGAAGGAUACGCUGUAUUUUUUGCCUAAUUUCCCUGCCUCUAGGUUCAUAAUGAAUUAAAGGUUCAUGAGCACUGCGAAACCCCGU